GCAGAGCGAAGAUCUGCAGUCUCUAGGUUAGAAAAGCACUUGCAAAACCGAUCAGAAGCCGCCGCACUCAUCAGCAGGUCUCCUGCUCCUGUUUGGUAAAGGCUGUGCGGGUCUGCACAAGUCGCCGCCCUCGGAACUCCGCGCCCGAACGUCGCGGCGGACCGCGGCCCUGCAGUCGGAAGGUUGCAGUCGCGGGGGCGCUGGAGGCGGUGACGGCGGCCCAGGAAGGAGUAGCGCCCGGGAGGAAAAUUCUUCCAAGGAUGGUAUCCCAUUCGGAGCUGAGAAAACUUUUCUGUUCUGCUGAUGCUGUAUGCUUUGAUGUUGACAGCACAGUCAUCAGAGAAGAAGGAAUUGAUGAGCUGGCCAAAUUCUGUGGAGUUGAGGAUGCUGUGUCAGAAAUGACACGGCGAGCCAUGGGUGGGGCAGUGCCUUUCAAGGCUGCCCUCACCGAGCGCCUGGCUCUGAUCCAGCCCUCCAGGGAACAGGUGCAAAGGCUCCUAGCAGAGCACCCCCCACACCUAACUCCUGGCAUAAGGGAGCUAGUAAGUAGCCUACAAGAGCGAAACAUUCAGGUUUUCCUAAUAUCUGGUGGUUUUAGGAGCAUUGUAGAGCAUGUUGCUUCAAAGCUGAAUAUCCCAUCAACCAAUGUAUUUGCCAAUAGGCUGAAGUUCUACUUUAAUGGUGAAUAUGCAGGUUUUGAUGAGAUGCAGCCAACAGCUGAAUCUGGUGGGAAAGGAAAAGUUAUUAAACUUUUAAAGGACAAAUUUCAUUUUAAGAAAAUAGUCAUGAUUGGAGAUGGAGCCACAGACAUGGAAGCCUGUCCUCCUGCUGAUGUUUUUGUUGGAUUUGGAGGAAAUGUGAUCAGGCAGCAAGUGAAGGAAAAUGCGGAAUGGUACAUCACUGAUUUUGCAGAGCUUUUGGGAGAACUAGAAGAAUAAUACACCUUUUUAUAUAACUCAUAACAACUUAAGGUUAAUUUUUAAAAAUUGUACAGUUUGAUACUGUUUGCUUGCAAUUGCCUAUUACACCUUAAUGUAUACAUUUGGUACUGAGUAUGUGUACUUCCAAGUAAACAAGAGUCAGGGCUCCUAGAAAAUUUCUAAACUUUUUAAAACUGUAGUUCCAGUAUUAUUAUGACUAUUCUAAGCUUUUUUAAACUGUAGUUCCAGUAUUAUUAUGACUACUAAUUACCUGGAGAGGAGAGUUUUAUAAUCUGAAUUUGUUAUGUAUUUGCCUAACUGUAUUUUAUUUGAAGCCUUUUAAAGGUAGAUCAUAAAUUAAAUACCUUCGCUAUUGGAAAUAUGGAUUAGGCAGCUUCAAGUGAAUAUUGGUUUGCCCUCUGGUAUAUAAAUAAAAGUUUAUGUAUCAGCAGA